ACAGUUUGUGACGUUUUUUAAAUUUCGCCCUCCGCUACAGCUGAAACAUUAAAAUAUUUAAUUCUUAAAAAAACUGUGUUGGUAAAGUGAAAAAAAAAAACUAUCGGUUGCCCAAUAUAAUUUUGGAUGUUGCUUUAUUCAACGUAUAAUUAAUUCUAUGGAAAUUCUCGAAUGAAUAUUUUGGAAAAUGGCAUCCGACAAUGUUCCAGACAUUUCAGUACGUCAAAAUCUCGACGAUUGUUUUAUACCUGGAUGCACAGCUUAUGUUGGCUGUAAUGACGUUGCCUUUUUUAACAUGUCCUUUGGUGACUUGCCCCAUUGGUGGAAGGGUACAGCUUGGGCAGAAAAAUAUCAAACUGAAUUACCGAUAGAUGCCAAAAUUUGUGGAAUGCAUUUUGAAGAACGUUUCAUUGAUCGCAGUAAGAAAAAACCUCGCCUUAUAAUGGGAACAAUACCUACAUUACGAUUGGCUUUACUAGAAAAGGUGAUUGAGGAAAAUAAUUCUAAAGAAUAUUUCUGUCGCUUGUGCGCUAAGAAGAGUUCACAAAAAUUUAAUGGCAGACUAGACAAACUUCCAGGAUUGGAGACUAUAGUUGAAUAUUGCUUGGGAAUAUAUAAAAAUCAGCUAAGUCUUCCCAUGGGAGUAUGCGAUAAUUGUAUUCAAACUAUUGAUACAUUUUCUAAUUUUAUUAAAAAGUGUGAGAAAUCUCAAGCGUUGUUGCUGCAUACCAUGAAAAAUGAUGAGGAAAAGAUAACUAAAAAAGGAAAUAAAGCCUCUGCAACAGAUAAUAGGUUAUCCAUAGAAAGUGAUCGGGAACAAACACAUGUUGAAACGAAUGUGCAAAACACCAAGGAUUCUUUUUCGAAUAACUUUAAUAAUUCUAGUAAAAAGAAACCAGAUUGUCAUUCCUGCUCUGAUUGUGGAAAGCUAUUCAAGAACUCGAUGAAUUAUUCUAUUCAUUUGGAAACUAAUAAUGAAAAUGAAUUUAUGUGUCAAAUUUGUGAAAAAAAAUUUAUGCAGCGGAGUGAUCUUAAAUAUCAUUUACAAUUUGAACAUAACGAUAAUCAGUCUGGCUAUAAAAACACGAGUCCGAAAAAUGAUGGCAAUGAAUUAGACGCGGCUAAUAUUAAAUUAUUUCCAGACGAACACAAAUGUGCUCAAUGUGUUAAAACCUUUUCAUCGCCAGCGAACCUAAAAGUCCAUCUUUUAUCACAUAGUAUACCAAGAUUAAAGUGUGAUAUUUGCGGCGCAGUUUUCCGAACCAAACACAUGCAUAUGCAACACAUUAUUCGAGCACAUACUUUGGAAAUAAAAAAAAACAAGGAACAGGAUGCUCCACGCAAACGACGAAAGAAGGGGAUACAAUUAAUUCGUUUAGCAGAGGAAAAUUAGAAAAAAUAGGGUAGAUAAUAGCAACGAUUACAUUUCUCGUCACUCUAUUAUUGCAAUCAUUAAGCAAUGUGUACCUCUGCUCACGAAAUCCUAUGAAACAAAGUUUUUAACAAUUAAAAACAAAUAAAACUUAAAUCUAAAGAUUUUUAAAGUACAAGUUAUUGGAAUAGAACACCUAAAAAUAGAGUAUCAACCUCAAUCUUCGCCUCGAAUAUACUUGAAACUGAAAUCAGACGGCCUGUAGCUUCUUAUAUUUUAAAGAAAACGAUUUUAUUCAGUAAAUACAAUUCGUCAAUUAUGUCCUUGUUUAUAUCCAA